AUGAACGGACCCACCCACAUUCGUGUCAACUCGCUCUCAUCCAAGGGAUCGCUCUCGGAUUAUUCGACCAUUCUUCGCACGCCACAAGACUCUGUUCAGUCCGAAAAUGACGCUUUAAUCGUCAAACAAGCUGAUGAAAACACCUCUGGCAGCGGGGCAUGGAAACCAUCUAUGACUCUCGUGAAGGAAACCCUUACCUCAUCCCCCUUGCUUCUUCGCUU